UAGAGAGUCAGUGAUAACGAUAAAGAUGGGCAAGAGAGCAGCUGGAUUCGUCCUCUUCCGGCGCCUCUGUGGGCAAAUCGAAUACUUACUGCUAAAGGCAUCCUAUGGUGAUUUUCACUGGAGUUCUCCUAAAGGUCAUGUGGAUCCCGGUGAGGAUGAUUUUACUACAGCCCUGAGGGAAACUAAAGAAGAAGCCGGUUAUGACGAAUCGGAUUUGAUUAUCUAUCGUGACACUCCGUUAACUCUGAAUUACAUUGUCAAAGGGAAACCCAAGAUUGUGAUAUACUGGCUAGCCGAGCUUCGGAAUCCAAAUAAGAAACCCGUUCUCUCCGAGGAGCACACGGAACUUAAAUGGCUGGCAAAAGAAGCGGCCAAGGAGUGUGUGGGCUUCAAGGACAAUCAAGAAAUGAUUGAUAAGUGCCAGGAAAUGAUACUGGAUAUGGAUAAGAAAAAGCAAGGCGGCUGUGAUUGUCCAUAAAAAUAUCAAAAAUACAGUGCUGCAAACGGUGUCAAUAAAAUACCGCAUUUCAGCGUUAUGCAACACUA